AUGCCACAUUAAAACCGUAAAAGGAAACGAAAGCUACUACCCAAGCACUGGAUGGAAAAGGGGUCCAGCCUCGGGUCCAGUUCUGUCCUACAGUCAUAGUGACUAGUACCUUGUUCCCGUAAAUCCUCGCGUAACCCAAACCCAUUUCUGUUCUUUUACACGCUCUGACGCUGCUAUCUCAAACCUUUCUGUCUAUUGGCUUUUGCUCUCUCUCUCUUUUGCUCUCUCUCUCUAGUGCCUCUCACACGACAGAUGAGUGAUGGCACCACCAAGUGAAGGCGAAGAAAAUGAGCAACAAACACAAAGGCAAGAAAUCCGGAAGCUGCUUUCUUCCUAUCUUGGAGUUAGUUUCAGUGUUGUCUUGGCUUUCAUUCCCAAUUACGCACUCUCUUUGCUGCCCAAGUUGCAAACCCAAAUGAGAGAACUUACAGCAAGGCUUUUAACGGCUGAGGAGCUGUUGAGGCAAAUGAAGUCGAGAAGAAAAGAGGACUCCAAAGCAAACGCCAGAGUGGUAGAGAUCUUUGCCAGCCACAGGAACGCGUGGCAGGCGGAGGAGAAGCAGCUUCUGCAGCAGAUCGAGGAUCAGAGGGCAAAGAUCGAGGAGUUGGAGAGGGAGACCCAUGAAUCCAAGCGGAGGAUUGAGGAGCUCAAGGACAUGAUUGGCUUCAUCUCUACUACUCGGGCUGCUGCUGAAGAAGAGGAAAUGGAGGAGGAAUCGGGCGCGGAGAAUACCAGGGAGGACCAUGUAAAUUUUACUGGCGUUGUUAAUGUUGGGCACGAUGGGAAUUUCCCCUUCACUUCCGAUUUCGUGGCUUCUGCUUCUUCUAAGUUUUGGGCCGAGAGAACUACUCUCUGGCAGGAUGUACAGUAUGAAUCUCUUGAAUCUUUGUAUCAUAUGAAGCAUUUUGUUGCAAGAAGGGAAUCACCUUGGAAGGUAGAUGGUGAAUCGACCGGAGUUUCCUCUAAACUGAAGCUGCUUGAACAGGAACUAUUGAAUUUGGAAAAGAUUGGCAAAAGUGAUUUAUCAAGGGUACCUUCAUUAAUGAGGAAGCAGGCUAAGAGAUAUCAAGCUUUUACUGCAAAGAUCGAUGAUCUCUGCCGAAGAAUGUUGGGGCAUAGACUUCUGCUUUUGCUCUCUCAUCAGGCUAGUGAUCCCUCUGAACCCACAGUCAGUCCAGAGUUUCGAACACAGAGACAGACUGAGUUUUUGCUUGAAGCAUUUCGACUUCAGCAGCGUGCAUCUGAAACUGGACAAAAACUAAUGGCUUUACAAACUGAGGUUGGGAAGAGUUACUACAGGGAUGAUCUUGGAAGCCCAGCCAAACUUGCCACAAAACGAUCCAUGGAUUCCAUUAGAAACAACUUGCAAGAAAUACAAAGAAACUUGGAGAUAUGGUUGGCCAGAAUUAUAGGAGAUCUUGAAGGAAUUCUGGCCAGAGAUGGCUCCUCACGUGUUAGGGAAUACUGCGUUUCUAGAUAUCCUUUUGUUCAAUAGAAUCUUCAAACUGUAAUAUUGAUCUAACAAAAUAUCCUUUUUCAGUAAAUAUGCUGAUCAGGCCUUGAUGUGGUAGUUAGUUUACUUGUAAAGAUGAAAUGAUACGUUUCAGUUAAUGGCAGCAUCUGAGCUUUUGGUUUAUGGCAGCCUCAAGAUCUACAGUCCCAUUGCGAGAAAAGUUGAUACGGCAUGCAGCCUGAGCUCAAUCGACCCGUGUAUGGACUAGUUAAGAACAUUCAUGCUGGUCUUGGGUGCUGAAUUCCUGCUUGUGGAACAGCUCUUCGGAGAAAGAGGGUGGUAGAUGGUAGUAACUUUAAGAAUAGAAUUUUAUCAAGUAGAGCCGUAAAGGAAGAAUUUAUCUUUUCUUUCACUUUGGGGGAUGAACUAUUCUAAUUCCCUUUCUUGCAUGUACAGUAAGUAAUGCAUUUGUGUGAUCAAGUGAGGUCGUGCAAAUCUUAGUAAUCAAUUGGUGAAAGUUCUUUCCCA